GACGAGGGAAAGCCUGAGAGCGACGGCCGCCUCUUUCCUCCUCCUCCUCACCACUUGUCAUCACCACCGCAUCAUGGACUUUGACUUGCCAGUCCUCCAGGAUGACCUGCUACGCGAUCGCACUCGUGUCUUUCACGAGUUUCUCAUCGACGAGUCUGGCCCCGUCGAUCACCGUCAGGCCAUUCGCACCAUGCUGCGACUGAAGCAGCAGCGUCUCAUCGUAUCCAUCGACAUCCUCCGCUCCUACAAUCGCGAAUUCGCAACCGCACUCCUCUACGAGCCCAACGAAUAUCUCCCCGCCUUCCAAGCGGCCCUCCGCACCGUCGUUGAGGACGUAGCAGACACCGUCGACGACGACGACUUCGUACGCAGCAACGCCUUCUACGUAGGCUUCAAGGGUAGCUUCGGAGAGAAUGCAGUCAGCCCACGUACGCUCAGAAGUAUCCAUCUGGGUCGAAUGGUAGCGCUUGAAGGCAUCAUUACCAAGUGCUCCCUCGUCCGACCCAAGAUUACAAAGUCAGUCCACUACUGCGAAGAUACCGAUCGCUUCCACUACCGCGAAUACCGCGAUGCCACGAUGCUGGGUACAGCGCCUCCCUCUGCCACAGCCUACCCACAAGAGGACGAGGAGGGUCAUCGUCUCGUGACCGAAUUUGGAUUGAGCACAUUCCGCGACUUCCAGUCUAUAUCGAUCCAGGAAAUGCCGGAGAGGGCUCCGCCUGGACAGCUGCCUCGCAGUAUCGACAUUGUCAUGGAUGAUGACCUCGUCGACACUUGCAAGCCCGGCGACCGCGUCCAGCUCGUAGGCCUCUACCGCAGUCUCGGAAACCGCGUCGGCCAAAGCCAGUCCUCCACCUUCAAGACGCUCAUGAUCGGCAAUUCCAUUCACCUCCUCAGCUCCAAAUCCGGCGGUGGGCUGGCAUCUACCCCUCUCACCGACCAGGACAUUCGCCACAUCAACAAAAUCUCCAAGCGCCGCAACGUCUUCCAGCUCCUUUCGCAGUCGCUCGCUCCCUCCAUCUAUGGGCACGACUAUAUCAAGAAGGCCAUUCUCCUUCUGCUUCUCGGAGGUGUCGAGAAGAAUCUGCCCAACGGCACGCAUAUCCGUGGAGACAUCAAUAUGCUCAUGGUAGGCGACCCGUCCACCGCCAAGUCGCAGAUGCUGCGCUUUGUCCUGCACACCGCUCCACUCGCCAUCGCUACCACUGGUCGUGGAUCCUCCGGCGUCGGUCUCACAGCAGCCGUCACCACUGACCGCGAGACGGGCGAGCGACGUCUCGAGGCAGGCGCAAUGGUUCUGGCCGACCGCGGCGUUGUCUGCAUCGAUGAGUUUGACAAGAUGGGCGAGUCAGACCGCGUAGCCAUCCACGAAGUCAUGGAACAGCAGACGGUGACGAUUGCCAAGGCUGGUAUUCACACUUCGCUCAACGCUCGAUGCUCCGUCGUUGCUGCUGCCAACCCCAUCUACGGGCAGUACGACCCGCACAAGGAUCCUCACAAGAACAUCGCUCUGCCCGACUCGCUCCUCUCGCGUUUCGACUUGCUCUUCGUGGUCACAGAUGACGUCGACGAAGUGCGAGAUCGCGCCAUCUCAGAGCACGUCCUGCGCAUGCACCGCUACCUUCAGCCUGGCCUCGAAGAGGGUGAGCCGCCCAAGGAUUCGCUCGACCAGAAUCUCGCCGUCGGCAGCAACGACGACGCUGAGCGCGAGGCAGCCAACAGCGUCGACGCCCAGCAACAGGGGCCGUGGGAGAAAUACAACCCGCUCCUUCACGCCGGUAUCGCACGUAGCGCCUCGACUCGCUCUGCCGAGAAGCAGGUCCUCUCAUUGGCCUUUGUCAAGAAGUACGUCUCCUACGCCAAGCGUGUGACGCCCGUCUUGACCAAGGGUGCCUCGGAGUGGAUCGUCAACGUCUACGCCAAUCUGCGCAACGAUGAGCUCUCGGGCAAUCAGCGCAAGACAUCGCCCCUCACAGCUCGUACGCUCGAGACGCUGAUCCGAUUGGCAACCGCCCACGCCAAGGCGAGGCUGAGCACCAAGGUGGAAGAAGCAGAUGCGCGCGUUGCAGAGGAGCUGCUGCGAUUCGCUCUUUUCAAGGAGGUGGUGAAAGCAUCGAAGCGUGGCGAGGGCAAGAGGAGAAGGACCACUCGCGGAUCGCGCAGCCCAGAGAGCGACGAGAGUGCGAGUGAGAGCGAGAGUGAUGAGGAGCCGGACAAGAGGAUGCCUUACGCGGGUACUGGCGCUUACGGCACCAGAGCCGCAGCUCGUGACCAGCCGUCAAGUCCGCUGCAGCCUCCCGAGAACGAAGACCCGAAUGGCGAGCGUCUCUCCCCUUCGCCCCCGCCACCACAAGCCGAGGCCUCGGCGGCCCCCGCUCCCACCGACGGUCCCAUCACAGCACCUCGCCUCGAGCAAUUCCGAGAGAUCCUCUCGACGCUGCUAUCUUCGCAAGGUGCGCUCGCAGAAGAGCAAGCGAUCGAAGUGGCGACCCUCUUGCCCCUCGUCAACACCGGUCUCAAGCCAGAGGAGCUCUUCUCGUAUCGCGAGGCAGAGGAGGCGCUGCGAGACAUGGACGAGAGGAGUGAGGUCAUGCUCAGCGAGGGUGUCGUGUACAGGGUGUGA